UAUUUUUAUUUUACGAUUGAUUGGUUGAGGGACUCUUGGAAUUGGAGUUUCAACCAAUGCCUGGCUCUACUUUUGUAGUGCAGUGAAUCGGAAUCCAUGGGUCAAACAUGCACAAUGGUAAAAGUUUGACGAUAUUCCACCUGUCGGUGUGCUCAGUGCUGGCUAAAACCGCGUCAAUAAUUAAACCGAAUUUUCUCUCUCUUGAGACCUUUGCUAAGCUUUUUUUAAUUAUUAUUCUCCCUUUCCUUUCACUUCCCACCACUACUUUACUUAGUUCUGACACCACUAUCGAAUGAAAAACCUUCCAUUCCACCUCCAAUCUCAUUAUUUUUAGUACUUGUUAGAGGGACUUUUUCUCUGGUAAAUGCUCAAAUUAAGAAUUUCAAUUCAAAUUUUCCGAUACCUUUCUUCCAAUUCCGUGUUUCAAUUAGGGCUCUGGUGUUGAAGGAUCUGUGUUGUUGUUGUUGUGUGUGUGUAUAUAUAUAUAUAAAUAUAUAGUGUACAUAUAUAUAUUUAGAGAGAGAGUGUUAAUUGGAAGAAAAUGUCGUCGAGUUCAAGUAGUAGCAGUAGAGGUUCGUCGUCUCCGACAUCGCCGUCGUCUUCAAAGAGUGGAGAUGGUGUGAACUAUAUUAGCAUACAACACCAGGUAUCCAAAAUGGACACUCUUGCCGGUGUUGCAAUCAAGUAUGGUGUUGAGGUUGCCGACAUUAAAAGGAUGAAUAAAUUAGUAACAGAUCUCCAAAUGUUUGCUUUGAAGUCAUUGAAGAUACCAUUGCCUGGAAAGCGGCCUCCGCCUCCCUGUUUGUCUAUUGGUUCUGCUUCUCCAAGAAAAAGCAGCAAUGAGAAAACAUCACAGCAUCUAGGCUGCUCUGAUAAGUUGGAAUCAUUCCAAACCCGGAAAUUGAAGUCACAGCAGCAGAAAGUUUCUCCAGCCAUGGGGACUUUACAGAACUAUUAUGGUCUCAAAUCUCCCACUCCGAAGGGUGCAGCUGAGGGAACAGAGAUGGCAGUUUAUCGCUCAGGGAACUCUCAUUGCUUUGAUGAUAGGUUGAUACCUAAAAUUUCACCAUUUUGUAAUCCACCUUUAGACCACCACAAAUCCAGCAGCUUAACCAAUGGUUUCUUGCCGGAUAAUGGUGCGGCAUCCGAGGAUGUUGCUGUUGCACAGAUUGGAGAUGAGGAGGGUGAGAGAUCGAAUGAGAAGUCUGUCCGAAGGCGUCAGAAAACUGAAACUGAUUCUGGGACUAGCACAACAGAAUGGUUAUUGAAAGAAGAAAACAUCGACAACGGCAGUUCUCAAGCAACAACUGGAAAUAAUUCAGCCCAGAGAACCACUUCAGGAAGCCGAACUGCAAUGGUUGCUGAUGGUGAGCCUGGAUGGUUGAAUUCUAUCAUUGUGGGCCUGGGAGAUUCUAUAAUGGCUGACGGGCUUGCUGGAAUCCGUAAAUCAUCAAGCACAUUAAGUGUACAAGACCAGGACAACAAAACUUCAUCUAUUUGGCCAACGUUCAAUUGGAGAUUCAAACCAGACCUACAGGUUUUCUCAACUGCAUCCAUUAACAAACCAAUUUUUGAUGGCCUGCCAAAGCCAAUAAUUGGCCGCAGGAGCAAAUCUGCUCUUGAUUAGCACAAUUAAUUUGUAUAUUCAUGGAAACCAAUGUGUUUUUCACCUUUGAUUUAUUCACGGAAUGAGAUUUUGCGGCCGGACAUCACACUGCAAGUGCAAAUAGCAGGCAGGUUGAAGUAUAUAUCUGGCAACAUGGAGAGGGGAAAAUGUUCAUCUUCAUUCUUCUCUCGGAUGAUAUUCUAUAUGAAAAUGAGGUUAUUUUAUCAAAUUUGAAGCAGCGGCAGCUAAAAUAAACUCAGAUGAAGAGUAUGCAACAACAAAAAUUUCUGGUUUCUCUGAACAUUUCUUGAUUGUCUUUUUAUUUUGUUUGUUAUAGUAGCAUAUACUGUGAUGGGUGAUUUCAAAUCUAUACCAGCAAUCUUAAUUGUGUAUAUUUGAAUCAAGAAAUGUGAACAAGUUGUCUUUCUUCUUUAAGUAAGAAAUCCCUCCAAAUAUAUUGCACAA